CUAGAGCUUAUAAGGAAAUUCUUCAUUGGUAAAUAGCCGAAGGAGUUAUUGAAAUCUCGCAUAUCGUUCGCAAGAAGCGCUUGAUUCGAUUAAACGUGCAGCGAAUAACAAUAAUAACAAUAAUAAUAAGAGAGAGUGCGGUCGAACCCUACAGUUACGGCCGCCAAUCAAAUCAUAACUAGUGGCAGAGGAGAGACGCGUAUAAUCAAUUAUGCAGAUUCGCUUCAGUGGCGGUAGCGAAGAAGAGACGGUGAGUGGUGAAGCAUUAAACUGCUGUAUUUCCGGCCUCGAUUAAUGUUGCCAGGAGCAGCAGCGAUUCCGAUCUGCAGAGGCCCGUAAGGAAGUCGUGUUUACGUUCGGGUACAUCGGUGGCCCUCUUCCGCUCGUCUUCAACUCUCCGCCGGCACGUCGGCCACGUUCACUGCGCUUCAUGAAUCGCGUUCGGGCCUUCUCUCUACUAACACAGAGUGCAACAAGCGUAUACAAAAUUUCUCGAGAUCGUGUGGAUGCAAUGACGAGGAGAGAGCAACCGCGAGAGAGAGAGAGAGAGAGAGAGAGAGAGAGAGAGAGAGAGAGAGAGAGAGAGAGAGAGAGAGAGAGAGAGAAGAGGGAGAAGAAAGAAGGGGAUGCUGCGACGAUCUAAAAGCUACGUUGUGUGCCUCGUGCGUGUCACGUAGUUACUUCCAUGUGUGGGUAAUGUUUUUGCUCGAGGGGAAAUGGUACCGCGUGUGUGGUCCUCCGUCGUGUUCCCCGCGUACCCUUGUGAUGGCACAUCGCUGUAUCCUAGCAACGUAGAACGCCACGUUGAUUCGGCCAAUCACGAAUGAGAUCCGAUCGCUUCGGCUGAACUCGGCUUAUUUCGGCUCCAACGUCACCGGUACCUGCAGUGGUGUAUCGGCCUACCGCGAAACUCGGGAUAUACGAUAAGUCUCUUACGAUGAAUUCAUUCAUUAAAACUUUUUCAGCUUAUUUACUUAUGACAAUGUAAACAAAAGAUGUAAGAAACAAAAGAUAUAAGAUACUUUGGGCAGGAAGCAAACGAAAGAUACGAUCUCCUGAAAACGUACGGUGAAAGGAUGAUUGAAAUUUCGAGACUUCGUAGUUAAGAAGCGUGGAUAACUUGUGUAAUUAAUCAAAGAUAUUAAGUACGAAAUUGUUACGCUUACGUUCAAAUUUACAGAUGAUUAUACGACACGUGUACAUAUGAAAUAUUGUAUUAGGCUUGCCAUACGUGUUAUGAGAGAAAAUUAUUUCCAUAAAUUGAAUAAAGCGUCGUAUUACCUUUUUGAAGUUUUUCUGCGAUGUCGUUCGAAGUCGAAAAUGCGGAAUCAUAAAUUUACCAAACGAGACCAAGCUCCGUUGAAGCGUGCGCUCCGAAUUACGGUCCUGAAUGUUUGUGCAGUUCCGAUCUCGGCGAGUGGCGCUGUUGGAGGGGGGGCCGUCAACUAUGGCCGGCGCAGAAGGCAGGCCACGAAAGAAAUGUGGCACCGCAUUUCGCUUAGUAUGUACGUAGACUGCUCUAAGCGGCGGUCGUGUACGCCGGUGUCCGAUCACGACGACGUCGACGUCGUCGUUACAGAACGCGUGUCACAGAGAUAGCCAGACUUUAACGAGAGUUUCCAGUUGCCUCUGCUGGACCGUGGAACACUCUCGUACUCUCACGCCGUCUACGUCUCCUUGCGUAAACCGGAUGCUCGUCACUGCCGCGCUUAUACGAAUUCGGUAGUCGCGCGGCGAAUUUUUUUUUCCUCACCGCAGUGUAAAAGAAUACUCGAACAAGAUUCUCCACCGCGUCAGAGUGACAACAAUUGUGACAGUGACACUGCAGUGCGUGUGGCUACGUGCCACGCCAGUAUAUCGUGCAGAUAGAAAAGACACAGUGUAGUCAUCAGAUUGAUCGUUGAACGUUCAGACAUACAGAGUUCGUUUCACUUCAACUGACGUAUGAAAACGCACGUGCGGUGCAAGAGCGUGACUGUUUCCCGCGAAAACAUUGAACAAUCGGGCGGCACUUUUGUCCGGGUUGUCGCGUGAUAUUUCAAAACAAGGGAACUCCGCGUGUGCGCCCUCGUGCUUGUCUCCGCGGUACCGUGAGCCCCGCGAGAGGGAGAUACAGAGAAGUGAGAGGGAGUACGGAGCACAUUCCGUGAAAAAAGCGAGAGAGAGGGAUAGAAAAAGAGACAGAUCGAAGGGAGGAAUCGGUAAGGAGGGAUCAGUCACGUAUUUACUCUUCUACAGUAAACGAAGCUAACCUAAAAACCGAUACUCUGUCCGUUUUGUGCGUGCACCAUCGAUGGGCACGAUACAACCGCGCAUGCGCAGAAGAAAUUGUGCAUACCUCGUGCGCGAAUUUCGAUUGUCGUGCUGAUGGCACGUACACGGUGUUGACAGAAUUGCGCGGUAAACAGGGAACACCUAUCGAACGUGUGCUGUGACAAGUGUUUCUGGAAAGGUUCAUACGGAAAUUACGUGUAACCGCGGUUUUCUAACGAGUGUGCAGAGUGAAAUCGUUUCUUUUCCUUUGCUUAUCCCAAUUUUUCUUUCGUGUUCGUUCGUGUCCUGUUCGUGUUUUGUAAGAAUCCGUAUCGCGUUCGAUAGGAAUAAGUCGAGAGGAUAGAGGGAAACCAAGACGAGAAGUCUGUCGCAAAGAAAAAAGAAAAACGUCACGUUGGAGGGGAGCGAUAUUAAAAAUAAUCAUACUGCGAAUUGUGCCGGGGCGAAUGUAUGACGGAUCAUGGUUUCUGCGUCCGGCCCUACAGGGAUCCUAGCGGGACGCCCUUCUGGUUCUCAGUGCCUUCAAGGUUCACAAUCGUCGCAGAAUGGAUGUGCUACGAGAAAUCACAAUGAGAAGAAUAUUGAGACCGAGGAGAACGCGAAGCAACGACACGAGUCGGAUCUUUAUAUCAGGCCAAGCUGGACCGAUGCUUCGAUAGCGUUGGAUCAGCUCGAAAAGGGCAAAGCGGAAGGUCAGAGGUCCGCGGUGUGGAUCAGGGCAACGCUGCAGGAUCAGCUGGGUCAGUUGGGCUACUUCCUGCAGAGGCACGCAGGCAAGGUCCUCUUUCUCGCUAUCGUCGCUUUGGCUACGUUCUGCGUCGCUCUCAAGUCCGCUCAGGUUCACAGCAAGGUCGAACAGCUUUGGGUUCAAG